GAGCGGUAUAAUAGCGCCGUGCGAGCAAUCAGCGCCGUCGUCAAGUGGAGGCAGUGCGCGCCUAAUCGACGCUGUUGCAGCGUAUUGUGCAGCAUUUGUUGAUUUGUAAUUCAAGUGACAAGACGUCACUCAGCCUGGCAGCAGGCAGACAAGCUAACAGGAAAGCAAACCAAAAGUCGCUAAGUCAAGUCAAUCUGUCAGUCGGCGUUAGUCGAGGAAAUAGUGUUGCGUUCGUACGCUGCGUCGCGAUCAUUCGUCGGAGGAGUCGACUGCAUGCAGCUACGUUUAACGACACUAUUGUUGACAUUUUCUUUACGCUUUCGUUACACAGCUGAAUUUAUCUGCCUUACAAGCAGCGACGAUUUCUUAAAAGUACACCGCGCGUUAUUCCUGUGAUCGUUCGUGAAGUGCAAAAAAGAAAAAAAUAUAAAUAAAUAAAAUAAAAGUUUUAAAAGCUAACACGGGGAUCCUUCUAUAAGCGAUAGUCACCGUGUAAUUUAUACAUUUUUUGUAUAAUUUUAAGCAUUUUGACCCGCACAUCAACAACUGGUCGAGGCUACAAUCAUGUAUUACCAUCCCGUAAACAGUUAUCCCGGCUAUCCGAUGAAUCCGACAAACGGCAUGGAUACAGAAGAUGUCGAGUCCACUUCCAGCAGCGCCAUGUCCCGACUUGGCACACUCUUCUCAUUCACAUCGCCGGCAGUGAAGAAACUGUUGGGCUGGAAACAAGGCGACGAAGAAGAGAAAUGGGCCGAAAAGGCGGUGGACAGUUUGGUGAAAAAGUUGAAAAAACGCAAGGGUGCUAUUGAGGAGCUCGAACGCGCUUUAUCCUGCCCUGGCCAGCCUUCGAAAUGUGUUACAAUCCCACGUUCUUUAGAUGGUCGCUUACAGGUCUCUCAUCGGAAAGGACUUCCACAUGUUAUUUAUUGUCGCGUUUGGCGAUGGCCAGAUUUGCAAUCACACCACGAACUAAAACCACUUGAGAUUUGCCAGUAUCCAUUCAGCGCCAAGCAAAAGGAAGUUUGCAUCAAUCCUUAUCACUAUAAACGAGUUGAAAGUCCUGUACUGCCGCCGGUGUUGGUGCCACGCCAUUCAGAGUUUGCGCCCGGUUUCUCAAUGCUACAUUUAAAUCAAUCAAUGUCUGAACCGCCAAUUCCACCCAAUAUGAAUUACUCUAAUAAUGGCUUCAACAAUAUGAGCCCUAACAGUCCGCCCUUAACAUCAGCCGGUAGCCCUAGUACGGUUAACUCCAAUCCUAACUCACCAUAUGGUAGUUUGGCAGGCACCCCACCGCCGGCAUACAGCCCCUCGGAGGACGGCAAUUCGAACAAUCCUAAUGAUGGCACACAACUAAUCGACACACAGAUGGGCGAUGUGGCCCAGGUGAGCUACUCAGAGCCAGCAUUUUGGGCUUCAAUUGCUUAUUACGAGCUCAAUUGCCGUGUGGGUGAAGUAUUCCACUGCAACAAUAAUUCAGUUAUCGUCGACGGUUUCACAAAUCCAUCGAAUAAUUCAGACCGCUGCUGUCUAGGACAGUUAAGUAAUGUAAAUCGUAACAGUACCAUAGAAAAUACACGCCGUCACAUAGGAAAAGGCGUUCACCUCUAUUACGUUGCUGGAGAAGUAUAUGCCGAAUGUCUAUCCGACUCGGCAAUAUUCGUGCAAUCUCGAAACUGCAAUUAUCACCAUGGCUUCCAUCCGAGUACCGUGUGCAAGAUACCACCUGGCUGUUCAUUGAAAAUCUUCAACAAUCAGGAGUUUGCUCAACUUUUAUCGCAAUCCGUUAACAAUGGGUUUGAAGCAGUUUAUGAAUUGACAAAGAUGUGCACAAUCCGAAUGAGUUUCGUAAAAGGAUGGGGAGCUGAAUAUCACAGACAGGAUGUAACAUCCACUCCUUGUUGGAUAGAGAUACAUCUGCAUGGACCAUUGCAAUGGCUUGACAAAGUAUUGACACAAAUGGGCUCGCCACACAACGCCAUCAGUUCCGUAUCAUAAGAGCAAAAUGAUAUGUUGUCGUUUCUUAGUUUUCUAUUAUCAUUACUUAGUGUUUUUUUUUUUGAAAUUGCUUUUGAUUGAUCUGCGCUGAUUUUAUCAUUUCGUUUCUACUACUUGUUUACACAUUUUAUUUAAACGGCUUAUAUUGCCGUUUCACUAUUACGGUAUAAAGGAGAACUUAAGAUAAAUAUAACGAUAUAAUUGGCAUCAACAUAGUUUAGAUAUUAAUGUUUUAUUACUUUGAUUUUUAAGCAUCGUAUACAUAUACCCAAAAGUACAUUUAUACUAUUUUUAUAAUAUUACAAGAACAACUAAUUUAGACAAUUUUCCAAAAAUAUUUUGUUUGCAAAUUGCA